CACAGUGAAUUGAUACAAAAAAAAAAUAAAAAUCCAACAACAAUAUACAAUCAGCUAUAUAUAAAUUUUAUACUUAAAAAUAAAUUAAUAAUAAAUAAAACAACAGAAAAAAAAAUAAAAAAGAAAUGGGCAAAUUACUGAGUUUAUUGGCACGUGAUGACUCAAACUGUUGCACAGCCAAGUCCUACGAUGUCUUUUUGGAUUUUGAAAAUGCAGCACCCACGGAAACAGAACGUGAAAUAUAUGAAGAGGUAGAGCGAGUACUCAAAGAAUCAGAAGCUGUUUUAGAAGAGAUACAAGUCUAUAAGGGUGCUGGUAAAGAAAUUCGCGAAGCUAUUGCAGAUCCUUCACUACAGGAAAAAGCCUGGUCUGCUGUCCUGCCUUUAGUUAUAAAAUUAAAACGUUGUUAUGAACAUUCACUGGAAUUAGAGAAAAUUGUACCAAAACUGCUGGGUCAGUUGGUGGGCGGUAAAUUAAAUCCUACACAACAUUUAGAAACACAACAGGCUCUGGUUAAACAGUUGGCCGAGAUUUUAGAAUUUGUUUUAAAAUUCGAUGAACAUAAGAUGAAAACACCUGCGAUACAAAAUGAUUUCAGUUAUUACAGACGUAUCGUCAGUCGACAACGUAUUGAUGCCACAAAUAAUAUGUUGGUACCAACUGAACUGGCGAAUCGUAUGUCAUUGUUUUAUGCUCAUGCCACACCAAUGUUAAAAGUCUUAAGUGAAGCUACCUCGAAAUUUGUAAAUGAUAAUGCUGAUGAUGUUGAGAAUACAACAGAAACACUGGGUACAAUGGCUAAAGUGUGUCUGAGAAUGUUGGAAAAUCCUAAACUCCUACAACAAAUCGAACGUGAAGAAACCCACCUGCUUGUUUUAAGAGUUAUGGUUGGUUUAGUUAUUCUCUACGAUCAUGUCCAUCCAGUGGGGGCGUUUGCACGCGGUGCUCAUGUCGAUGUCAAAGGUUGUGUACGACUCUUACAAGCUCAGCCAGCCAUAAAAGCAGAACCCCUGCUAAAUGCUCUGCGGUAUACAACCAAACACUUAAAUGAAGAAAAUACGCCCAAAAAUAUACGAAAUUUAUUGGCAGCAUAAUACACAAAGAGGAGCAGUUUUUUAAAACAAAUAGAUGAAGUGUGCUGUUGUUAGCAUUUUGCUUUCUUUUUGCUUUUUUCUUUUUUUGUUUUU